UUGUGGUUAAGGUAAGAGUUUUACGGUUAGGAUUUAGGGUAGGGACGUACCAGGGAUCCCAGAUAGCACUAACCGACGAGAAAGGUGGUUCCUUCGAGUGAUUUCAUCACCACGCACCGCCACACAGGUGGCGUGGCGUCAUGCACUCGUCGGUUGAGCGAGCGCGCCGCGGUUUUUUUGCGUGACCCGAUUGGAGUAUUAGAGGAAGCUUCCUUCGGUCAGAUUGAUAUCUACCCGGUAACCUGGUCUCCCCACUCCACCCCACCACUAUCCAUAUUACCGGCAUCUACCACCCGAGUCGAUGCUACCUGGAAAACGAAGUGCCGAAAUUAUGUCGGUGUCGGUGGCGUUCAUUGGAGUACUGAUGCUGCAUUCGGUCUCCUCGCAGAACGCUGGCUUUGUGAAGUCUCCCCUGUCUGAGACCAAACUAACAGGUGACACCUUUGAGUUGUACUGUGACGUGGUCGGUAGCCCGACCCCAGAGGUUCAGUGGUGGUACUCCGAGAUCAACCGGGCCGACUCUUUCCGCCAGCUCUGGGACGGCGCCCGUAAACACCGCGUCUCCAUCAACACGGCGUAUGGCACCAACGGCGUGAGCGUUUUGGGCGUGACUCGUCUCGGCCUGGAGGAUGCUGGGACGUACGAGUGCCGGGCCAGUAAUGAUCCAAGGAGGAAUGAUCUGCACCAAAACCCUGCCACCACCUGGAUCAGAGCACAGGCCACCGUUACUGUGUUGCAGAAGCCGUCGAUCAACUCGUCGGACCAUAUCACGCUGCCAGUUGAUCACUACAGCCUGCCCCUCACCCUGCAGUGCAACCUAACUUCAGCCCACAGCGCCCACAGCGAGAGUUUCUGGAUGAAGAAUGGGGAGGAGAUCAAAGAGACCCGCGGAGAGAGGGCCAACACCGAGCCUGCCAUGCGCCCAGUAGAGGCCCCGAUCGAGAUUAAAGCUGGUCCUGACAUCACAGGCCACAAGCGUAGUGACAAUAAGAACGAGGGCCAGAAAGCCCUCCUCUACUGUAAGGCCACUGGCUACCCCUACCCUAUCUGGACCUGGCACAAACUGGACAAUGGGUUCUACGCGGACAUUGAAAACUCCUCCGGCCGUUUCUUCAUUAACAACAAAGACAACUACACUGAGCUGAGCAUCAUCAACCUGGACAUCGGCUCCGACCCGGGGGAGUAUCAGUGUAACGCCACCAACAUGAUCGGCACCUCGUCCGUGGUGUCUGUGCUGCGGGUCCGGAGCUACCUGGCCUGGCUUUGGCCUCUGCUGGGCGUCCUGGCCGAGGUCAUUAUCCUGGUCGUCAUCAUCGUGGUCUAUGAAAAACGCAAGAAGCCAGACGACAUACAAGACGAUGACGAACCAGCUGGACCAAUGAAAACUAACUCCACCAACAAUCACAAAGACAAGAACCUUCGUCAGAGGAACACAAACUGAGAACACUGAUAAUAACAUAUUAUACAUGUAUGUAUCGACCACAUGAAGGUAACCAGGCAAAGGGAUUUAUAGAAAUGUGUUAAUAAGAAUGUAUCUGCCAAUAAAACGACGUAGAAGAAGAAGAAGAGGAGGAGGGAGGAGCUACUGUAAAUGUCUGUAUUGUAUGAUGAGGCAUGCCUUCUGAUUUUGAUUAUCUAGUUAUCGUGUUGACAAGGGUGAAGAAUGUGAUCGAUGAACGCGAUCCCAUAACAUUAUGAAUGAUUUCCGAAGUGUCUAUGGAAGCAUUAUAACCAUUGUUUGCUGCAUGCAGUUAUUGAUUGUCACUGUUUAUUGAUUGUUUUGAUUUGAUUAUUUAUUCUGAUCAAAUUCUUAUCAUUUUUCCAAUUUUUACUCUAUUCUGAAGUAAUGCAUGCAAGGUAUUCUAACUUUCUGUUUGGUCCAGACCUGACAUGGCUUUUUGGACUGUGUCCCAAAUGACACUCUUUUUUCCCCUAUAUAGUCCCCCCGCCCCGCAAAGGUCUCUGGUCAAAAGUACUGCACUCUAUACUGCAGGAGUAUUCAAAUCUUUAUCAUACAACCUCUGUAGAACUGAUGUUUUUUUUUUUCUGGUUUCUCUACCUGUUAAUGCAUUUGACCUACCUGGUGUUCCAGGUCUAAACCAGGCCCCCAGGUUUAAAGAAAAAGGAGUGGAAAUGGUCUCAAAAUCCAGAUUUGAAUGUGAAUGAAAUGAUAUGGAAUAGGGUGUCACUUGGGACUCAGACUUGUUUUUUUUUAAAUGUUUACUUAGAUAAUAGAUAAUCACUAUUUGUGUUGACUAUGAGAAGCUAAAGACUUUGCAAUGUAAAAAGGGAGGAACCCCCCACCCCGCCCUCCUCCCCGCCACCAAUUAUAAUCUGGUAUGACAGUAGAUCUGUACAGUUUAUCAUUCUGCUGCAUACCAUUUUAUAAAUCUGUUCCUUAUUUAUUUAUAUUUUAUCAGAUCACAUCUGGUUUCGCAUUUUAGUAAGGGCUUUGCAAUGUCCCUGGCUUUUUGAGUUGGAUGGAAAAUUCCUAUAUUUAACAUAUUUGUAUGUAUCCAACCACCGUAUAUAACAAUACAUGUGGUAAUAUGAAGGAUAUUCAUUCAUGAGAUGCACUUACAUUUUGGAAAAAUCAUGGAAAUAAAAAAAAAAGAUCUCUAUAAAGUUAAUUUAGUAUGUAAUUGUAACAACUCCUGCUAAUCAUUCUAACUGCUGUGUUUUAACUGAAAUAAAAGUGUGUAUUGUGUAUAGCAUGGCUAUUAUCCUAUGCAAUAAUAAUCCAUAUUGAUAUUAAUAUAUACAAAUCCCUCUUAGCAGCUUUUAGAUUCUCUAUGUUGAUCUAGAAUGAUCUUUAGAGCGUUGAUAGAUAGCGUACUGGACAGCUUGUUGAUCUCUAUAGUUGAUAAUGUUAUACAGUAUAUCUAGAAGUUGAAGCUAGGUCGAAGGCAGUACGACAACUGGAACUAUGUUAUGUAUGUCAAGAUUGACACUUGUAAAAGCAAUCCCAAAAUCAAUCACAAGUCAUUUUUAAAAAUAAAAACUUUAAAAAUAAA